GAGCUGAUGAGAGAAGCUCCUGGUGAUAGACGCUCCUCUCUGCAGCUGCUACCGCCAGAAACCUAACAUGAAUUUGGCGUUUCUUGCUCUAACAGCCGCGCUUUUGGCUGCGAAUAGCGGCUUGUGUUACUCCAGCAGCGUCCCUUCAUUCAUCCUGCCGUUCACUGACUGCGUCCAGAGCCGUGGGAAAGACGGUUUCUACCGGGGAGCCAUAGACGUCACCGAGUCCGGGACUCAGUGCAUGAACUGGACCGAAGUGGCCGGCUUCAAGGAGCGCUACCCGGGCAAAGGAAUAGGAGAGCACAAUCACUGCCGCAACCCGGACGGCAGGAUCCGACCCUGGUGCUUUUUUAGGAACCACAAAGGCAGAGUGGACUGGGGUUACUGCGACUGUAAACAAGGCUCUGUGCGUCUGCAAGGAGGCCGCUCCAAGCUCGAUGGCAGGGUGGAAGUCUAUCUGGGAGGGGUUUGGGGAUCCAUCUGUAGUGACGACUGGGGGGACGAAGAUGCCGCAGUGGUUUGCAGACAGCUGGGCAAGGGGAUCUCAGGUCAUGCACGUCCAGUUCCGCUGUUUCGUCCAAGCAUGGCCAAACUCCAUUGGAGGGCAGUGCAUUGCCAGGGAGAGGAGCCAGACCUGCUCCAGUGUCCUAAGACUACCUGGAAUGGAGGGGAAUGCUCUCAGGCUGCAGCCAUCACUUGCACACAGACACAAACAGAGGUGACGCUGCCUAUACGGCUGGUGGGAGGUCGGUCGGGGUCACAGGGCACAGUGGAGGUCUUCCAUGCAGGGCAGUGGGGCUCCAUAUGUGAUGACCAAUGGGACGACAGUGAUGCAGAGGUGGUGUGUCGACAAUUGGGGCUGAGCGGGGUAGCGAGGGCAUGGGGCCAGGCACAUUUUGGCAAGGGAUCAGGCCGUGUGUGGCUGGACGAGGUGCGUUGUACGGGCAAUGAGCUCACUCUGGAGCAGUGUCCAAAGAGUGCCUGGGGGGAGCACAACUGUCUGCACUCUGAGGAUGCAGGAGUGUCCUGCAGCCCCCUUACAGACGGCUCUGUGAGGUUGGUUGGGGGCACAAGCAGCUAUGAGGGACGUUUAGAAGUAUUUUAUCACGGCCAGUGGGGGACAGUGUGUGAUGAUGGCUGGACAGACUCGAACACACAAGUCGUGUGCCGACAGCUUGGUUACAGAAUAGGCGAGACUCUCCUUUCUGAAGGACUAGACAUCACCCCAGUCCCUCGCUUUGGGGUGGGGUCAGGUCCAAUUCUUCUGGAUGAUGUGAGCUGCACAGGGAAAGAGCCGAGCCUGCUGCUGUGCAAAAGAAAGGAGUGGCUCCGUCAUGACUGCACGCACCAUGAAGAUGUUAACAUUGCAUGCAGCCCUGAUCGCAAUGGAGAGAGUCUUCCAACGAGUGUGCCAGUAAGACUUGUGGGAGGCGAGAGCCCCAGAGAAGGCCGGGUGGAGCUCUAUCUGUCCGGACAAUGGGGGACUGUGUGUGACGAUGGAUGGACUGAUCGUGACGCAGACGUGGUGUGCAGACAGUUGGGAUACAGUGGGGUGGCAAAGGCCCGUGUGAUGGCAUACUUCGGAGAGGGUACAGGGCCAAUCCAUGUGGACAAUGUGAAGUGCAGUGGCGAGGAGCGUUCGUUAGCAGACUGCAUCAAACAAGCACCCGGCACACACAACUGUCGCCAUAGUGAGGACGCUGGAGUCAUUUGUGACUAUGGUGAAUCGCAGCCAAGCUACAGAGAGGUCAAAGAUCCUGUCAGCUCAAUUUGUGGUUUGCGGCUCGUACACACUCGCCAGCGCCGAAUCAUAGGAGGAGAAAACUCUCUGAGGGGUGGCUGGCCAUGGCAGGCUGCUGUUCGUUUGCGAGGAUCUCGAGGAGACGGGAGGUUGGUGUGUGGAGCGACUCUCAUUGACACCUGCUGGGUCCUCACCUCGGCACACUGCUUCAAGAGGUACGGAAACAGCACCAAGCAGUAUAAAGUCAGAGUAGGCGACUACCACUCCCUCGUCCCCGAGGAAUACGAGGAGGAGUACGGCGUUGAUCAGAUAGUCCUCCACCCAAGCUACCACUCCCAUAGCAACGAUUACGACCUGGCCUUGGUUCGUCUGUCACCGGGGGCAGUGGGCCAGAUGCCGGGAGAGUGUGUGUCAUUCAGCCGUCAUGUUCUUCCCGCCUGUCUGCCCAUGAGGAAAGAGAGAGUGCUCAAACAAGCCAGCAACUGUCACAUUACCGGCUGGGGUGAUACGGGCCGCUCAUACUCCAAGACCCUCCAGCAGGCGCCCCUCUCCUUACUCCCCCGUCGUUAUUGCCAGCAGCAUUUCCACAGCGCCUUCACCAGCCGCAUGCUCUGUGCUGGAAGCAUCCAGUCAGAGAAGCGUGUGGACAGUUGCCGGGGUGACAGCGGAGGUCCGUUGGUGUGCGAGCGUCCGGGAGGGGGUUGGGUGGUUUACGGGGUCACGUCCUGGGGUCAAGCCUGCCGGACGCAACAGUCCCCUGGCGUCUACACCAAAGUGUCUGCCUUCAGCUCCUGGAUAGGCAAGGUGAUUGGACGGGACGACAGAAAAGAAAAAAGGCGAUGAAAGGUGAAUGACAAAAUGAAACAGCUGACUUCUCGAUCACAGAGAAUAUGACACUUAAGACUUAACUCGAUUGGUCAGGUGACAACUGAGACAACAAUAUAUUUCAGUCAUAAAUAACUGAUGUCAUGAUGUUAUGAUCUGACUUUCAAAUGGAAAGCACAAGGCAGCGCUGGACUUUUUCCUCCCAGAUAUUUUCUUAUACUUUUUUUUUUUUGGAAAGAGGAACCUUUUUUUGUCUUUUCUCUCAUCUAAGUCAUGAGCACUUAUUUUAACAAUUUAAUAUUUUCUUGAGCUACAAUAUUUUGGAUGACGUUAAAGCUCAACUCAAGCCACUUUGUAACUGUGUAAUUUAAAUAUCUUUGUUGUCUUUUGUGACAUUGCAUACGACACUACAUUUUAGUAUUUCUGAAAUGUUUUCUGUGCUUGCUUAUGUAAUUUAUGAUAAGAAAUUAAAAUGCUGAAAAGGGACCACAGUAAAGAAAAAAAACAAACAUAGUAAGUAUGCAUGCACUCAUGCGUAUGCAGUAAAUAAUGGCAUGAUAUAAUUUGCAGAAUUGCACUAAAAACUCCUCUUUUGGUACUUAUGCAUGAUAUUUAGUAUUUUUGUGUUAAGCAUUCUAGUCAUAUUGACAUUUGCCAAAUUGAAACAUGUCUUCAGCCUCAUGUCAUUAUUGUUUAUAUAAUGUUGCUGCAUUGUUUUAAUGUGUAAAAAGCAGAUUUCAGGUCUUAGUUAUUACUCAGGCAUUUAAUAUUUACAUCCAGUCAGUAUUUGUCCAUGUCUCAGUGCUGCUCGACGUUUGCAGUGAAAGGAAGGGACUUCAGUUUUUCUGAUCAAAGCACAUAACAUUUUUAAGUGUUGAUUUUUCAUAUCAAUGUCCUUAUGAUGGUUAAGUGUUGUUAAGGUUCUGGCAACUGAAUGCAGACAAUCUGGUACACUUGAAGAACUACAAUGCCUUCCUAUUUGGUGUUUACUGACUAUGUGUUAUGCUUAAUGUACUGUAACGUUUCUUAUAAAUG